UGUGCUGGUGCCAUUUGCCAUUAUCUUCCGGUUUAGGAAGCAGAAUCCUAGAGUAGGAACGCAUGAGGGACUUGAACCAGUGAAACAUUAUUAUUUUUAGUGGUAAAUUGUUUGACAAUAGAUUAUUAGUUAUAAAUAAUGGCAAACACCGGACCUCCCGAUUCGUGGGAACAGCAAGCCGAUGCCGCUGCUGACGAUAACGCAGAAGCAAACGAUAUGUCGGCAAAGUUUUUCACGUUAAACGUUAACGCAGCCGAAUUUGUGCCUUCGUUCAACUUUACACCUCCUUCACAAACUGACUCCAAGCCACCUGUAGAAACUGCUGAAAAUGCAGAAACGCCGGUGACGAAUGGAGUGCCAGCCGGUGACGUAGAAGAACCGCCUGAAGACAAGAAGCCAUCGACACCAACGGCAGCAGCAGAAGCAGCAGCGACCACACCCACCCAAGGUGCCACGCCCCCAGCAGCGACCACACCAACCCAAGCGACCACGCCCUCGCCCACUGUGGCCACGCCCACCGAGACGGCGGCCACGCCAUCUCCCACUGUGGCCACGCCUACCGAUGAGGUCGUCGCCACGCCUCCGUCGCCGACUGCCGCUGCCGUCAGUGACGUCAUCAGCACACCUCCUGUCGCCGUUGUCAGCGCGUCAUCGGCCGGUGAUGCCGACUCGUGGGAGGCGGCCGCUGACGAUGAGGAUGAGGAGGGUGGCUCAGCACUGUUGACGCCUGAGGAGGAUGACGUGGAGGGGGGAGAGGAGGAGGUGAUAAUCAAGCCGAAGAAGAAGGUGCCCCGACCCGAGGAGACCAAGAGCAAAAAGGAGCACGUCAAUGUUGUUAUCAUCGGCCAUGUCGAUGCCGGAAAAUCGACAAUUGGAGGACAAAUAAUGGCUUUAACUGGAAUGGUCGACAAGAGGACACUAGAGAAAUACGAAAAAGAAGCAAAGGAAAGGAGUAGAGAAUCGUGGUACCUUUCGUGGGCACUUGACACUAAUCAGGAAGAGCGAGAAAAAGGCAAGACAGUGGAGGUGGGACGUGCCUACUUUGAGACAGAUAAGAAGCACUUCACCAUUCUGGAUGCACCCGGCCACAAGAGUUUUGUGCCCAACAUGAUUGGAGGAACGGCACAAGCUGAUCUCGCCGUUCUCGUGAUAUCGGCGAGGAAAGGCGAGUUUGAGACGGGAUUCGAUAGGGGCGGGCAGACAAGGGAGCACGCCAUGUUGGCCAAGACGGCCGGAGUCAAGCACCUCAUGGUACUCAUCAACAAGAUGGACGACCCCACUGUCGAGUGGUCGCAAGUCAGAUACAACGAAUGCCGUGACAAAAUCCUGCCCUACCUGAAGAAGCUUGGGUUCAACCCGGCCAAGGACCUGACCUUCAUGCCUGUGUCUGGUCUCACAGGACUCGGCCUUAAGGAGCGACUCGACGAGAAGAUGUGUCCUUGGUACAGAGGCGAAGCAUUCAUCCCGUUCAUCGACAACCUGCCUUCACUCAACAGAAAGAUGGACGGUCCGUUCCUGAUGCCAGUGGUGGAGAAGUACAAGGACAUGGGCACAGUGGUUAUGGGCAAGGUCGAGUCAGGCAACAUGAAGAAGGGCCAGUCGUUGCUGCUUAUGCCCAACAGGACGCCGGUGACAGUGGAUCAGCUGUGGUCAGAUGACGAGGAGGUGACGUCGGUGUCACCGGGCGAGAACAUCAAGGUGAAGCUGAAGGGCAUCGAAGAGGAGGACGUCUCACCCGGAUUUGUGCUCUGCGACCAGACGGCGCCGGCCAGCACUGGCAAGAUAUUCGACGCACAGGUAGUAAUUCUGGAGCACAAGAGUAUAAUCUGCGCGGGCUACUCGGCUGUGAUGCACAUCCACUGCGUCGCCGAAGAGGUCACUGUCAAAGCACUCAUCUGUCUCAUCGAUCGCAAGACGGGUGAGAAGAGCAAGAGCAGGCCACGAUUCGUGAAGCAGGACCAGGUGGCCAUUAUGAGGAUAGAGUGCGCCGGCAUCAUCUGCCUCGAGCCAUUCAAACUGUUUCCCCAGAUGGGACGGUUCACGUUACGCGACGAAGGUAAAACAAUCGCAAUUGGAAAAGUGCUGAAAGUUUUGGAGUAAUUAGGCUGUUAUUAAAAUAAAGAUAAUUGAUAACUGAUUUUAUCGAGUGUGUGUGUGUGUUUGUGGGAUUUUCUUUCCAACAAGAAGAAGAAAAAGAAGAAUUUCUUAGGACGUGAAAGAACAACAAACACAUACACAUACACAAACAACACGCUGACGAUGAAAAUCAACCGAAUCAUCAUCGAAAUACUGGUAAAUAGAAGUUUCAAAUUGAAAGAGAUAAUAUUUUAGUUUGAUGCGAGGUUUAAAGAGAUCAGAAAGACGACCGAACUGAAGCAGACACUUUAUUAUUAUUACUCAUAUAAUAUUAUUAUGGAUUAUUUUGUUGUGAUUGAUAUUAUUUAUAAUACUAUUAUUAUUUUUAGUUGGUUUCCUUUUGUCUCCUCCCUGUCAAGGUGUAACUGUAACUGAUGUAUAAAACCUAAAAGGAACAUGGUAAGGAGAGAUGAUGUUUGAUUUUAUGGAGAAAGUAGGAAAAGCUAUAGAACAUGAUUGGUAUGAUAUAAUUGUACAAUGAUGAGUAUGGUUGUCAUAAUAAAUAGAUGAAUGAUCAAAGAAUAUCGUAAUUAUUUCUAAUCAUUCAAAAGUGUGAUCAUUGAAGAACUGAAUAUGUUUAAAAUUCUAAUACCUUAUGAAUUACUCAUUGGUUGCACCAAGCUGUUAUGAUUGUGUACAGUAAAUUGUUCCACUUCCAAUCGUAAAUUGUUCAAUCACGUGACUGGUGCAAAAUUACUAUUCCCAUGCAACACCAAUCUAGAUCUUCGGUUAAGUUUUUGGCGCGCACUUUUGAAAUUAAUUUCCAUCAAAGAGUGUCGUUGAGUAACUGCGUAAAUUGACAAAGGCCGCUGUAAUUAUCAUAAUAAUUCAAUUAAUUUUAUGAUUGUGGGGCAGGAAUUUAUUACUGGAACUAGUUUCUGAUACAGAAUCUGUCAAAAUUGUUCCCAUGGGACGCGGAACUUUUUACCGGGUAAAUUGUGAAUCGGACAAUUUACCACUUUUCAUGCUCCCAGAAUGGGCCCAAGGAUAGUUUAAGAACUGUCCUAACCAAGCAUGCUUUGGUUAACCAAUCAGAACGAUUGUAUUAGUUGGCUCAACUUUACUGAUGGUUCCUGUGAUUGGUUACUAGGGAAGCCAGAGCGUGUUUGGCUGACUCAGUUCUUGAGAUCGUUUAUAAAUAGGGCCCAAAGAUAAUUGCUGAAGGGUAUUGCUUGUUAGGGGGAAUAACUGAUAGAAUUUACAUUAUUUGUGAAAAUCCUAUUUUCUAAAUCCAGCACGCACAUUUUUGAUUUUCUCUUGAUCCUUUCAGUUUAUUGACUUUAUCAUGCAUCUAUAUGACACUGUAUAAAUUUUGUGUAACAUUUAUUAGCAGCUCUUUAGUUAUUAUCAUAUUUGAGCGUUGUAUAUUUUCAUGGAGGUUUUUAAAAGAGUUUUUCAAGUCUUGAAGAAUUGAUCCUUCAACAUAAACGUUCCAUUUAUUAGGUUAAAACAUCACAAUAUCUAACUAUCUAUUUUAUAGAAUCAAUAAACUGAUAGGCACUGAUCUGAAAACAGAUCAUCUCAUAUCGAUUAAUUCACAAUUUUCUUGAACUAUUGAAAGUAUUUUAAAAUUAAUUCUAGUAUGUCCGGUGAACAGUUUGCAUCACUUAUACUCUAUUAAUUUGUGAAUGUUAUCUUUUUUUGAAAUGUUUCUGUUAGACCUCCAAUCCGUUGUAUAUAAGCAACAAAAAUAUGGUGCCUUGUUAUUAAAUAGUUGUAUUCAUGCAGUGAAUAUAAAAUCUAGUGAUUUUAUUUCACAUGAUCAUUAUUAAUAUUAGCUGGUAUUGCAAUCUCAUUUAUUACAAGCUUUCUGUUCAUAUGGAGUCGUUCAUUUAUUUCUGAAAUUUCUGUUAAUUCAUUUCGAAAUUAUUGUAUUCUAGUUUCUCAUAGGCUACAAGAAACUAGAAAAUUGACGGAAAGUAUAAUGUUUUAAGUGAAAGACGUACUUCCCUGUGUUUAAUUUUUUAUAAUAUAAUUCAGAAUUGAUGAACAAAAAGUCAUAUAAUAAGACGUUUAUGGGGAGGAGACUGUAAAGUUUGAUAUAUUAUUUUGUUAGCUAAUAAUUUGUUUGUAAGUUAGUUUUCUUUACGUUAGUUGGCGAACUCAUUUUCAACACAGUAAUUAGAUGUGGAUGAAAGAUAAAGAAAUAAAAUGUUUUUCUGCUGCUAUAAGUAGACUGAAUGCUCUAAAAGUUUCUAGUGUAAAAGUUGGGUAUCACAUAAAAUAAUGUGGGUUUAUUGGUAAAAUGAUACCGAUAUUAUUACCGACAGGUAAAUAUUUUUGAAAUAUUGCCCAACUGUAAAAUUGUGAAUUAUUAGAAGAAAAUUUAAUAAUUCAUUAUUCUCUAAUCAUUGAAUUAUUGUAUUCAUCCAGUGCUACUACUUUGAAUUAUUGCUUUACUCAAUUUUGUUCAGUUAUAAUGUUAUAAUUGUAACAAUAAUAUUAUUAUCAGUAUGCAAUCACUUUAUUUUCCUAGAAAAUGUUUCACGUUUGAUAAUACAUUUAGCUGAAAUCAAUUAUAUUGUAAAUAGUUAUAAUUAUACCAUGAAAUUAUUCUUCAUUUAUGUUUUGGGAAGUGUGAGAUCUCGAGAUAUUGAGACUAGUUUUCGCUUUGAAAACACAUUUACGAGUUGAAAUAAAUUGAUAAUUUUAUCACAAUAGUUUACUUUGAAAAUUGUACUCUUUUUCUCAAAUAUAAUACGAGAAAACUAUAAAAUGGAAAGUGACCUUUUGCCAAACUAAUAAAGCAGGAUUAUAAUAAUAUUAUAUUAUCAAAUAUAUCAUUAAAUUAACUGCGCUGUAAUUUUUAGGUUAAUGAAUCUUUUAUAAACAUACAAAAAAUCUAUAAUAUGCAUUGUGUUGUGUACAAAGUUUAUAUAUUGUCUUCUUUUUUAUUAAUCUGACUGUAAUAUUUUAGUGGACAUUAUUCUCUCCUAUCUUCGCCACCUUUAUCUUGUGCGAUAGUCAUUAGAAUUAUUAUGAUCUAAAAAGCUCUUUAUUAAUAUGCUUGCAACUUACAAGAUUUUGUCAGAAAAUUCUGAUAAUUUUCUAAACGUAAAAAGGAUUGAAGGUAAUUAGCCUGCACUGCAAAUAAUAAUGAAUAUAAUAUUUUUCCCUCCAAUAAUUAUUAUUGAGGUGAAUACUUACUAUUUGGCAGUUAUUCUAAACUAUUUUACACUAUUCCAAUUUAUUAUGUUCUAUGUAUUUCUAUCACAGUAAUAUGUUGAGUUGGAAUUUUGAUUUCGCUCUUCUUUGAAGAGAAAGUUUCAAAAUUUUGUUGAAAUCCUAUUUUGUAAAAUUCCUUUCUUUAAAGAAUUUUUUCUGAGAAUAAUUUAAGAGAAAUAUUAUUUAACUAACUAAAAUAGGUUAUCUAUUUCGUUUGUUUUAGAAUAAAAAUUUGCUUGACAUUAUUUUUUCAAGGGCCAAACAUUUACAGCUAAAUUAAUAUGUUUUUGUAAUCAAAUAACUAAUAUUGUUUUCAUAAUUCAAUAUGGUUCAUGAUUUGUAUGCAUAAAAUCAGUUUGAUUUUUAUGUAUACACUGUUUAAAAGAAACACAUAAAAUUUGAAUAGAUUUUGCAAAAUCUACAUAAAACUAAUUCAUUGAGAAAAUCGACGAUCUAUAAAUUAUAGAUCUAAUGUGAAUUAUUGCAUAAAUAAAAUUUGUAAAAAAGAUACAAAUAUACCAAACAGAUUGUGGCCUAAGAGCAA